AUGGGCAACCGUGUCGGAAAAGCGUGCCUCUGCUCCGCCGGCGUCGGAGAUAACUCCCGCCGGCACAACCAUAACAACGCCAACCCCUUUGGAAACUCAGUAUGCUAUGUCCGACCGCCGGACCUUUUCGCCGCCGACGACGUCACCGCCUUCACAACUUUCCGAUCAGUUUCCGGCGCCUCCGUCAGCGCCAACUCCUCCACUCCACCUUCCGCCACCUUUGAUUCUCUCCACCACAGCGUCACCAAUUCCACAGUCGUUUUGGACUCCUCGGCGUCGUUCGAGAGCUCCCCGUCCUUCACGUCGAUGCCUCUGCAGCAACAACACGCUUCGCGUGGGGGUGGAUCCUCUGCGGGAAGUUGCAACCCAGUGUGGUGGAGCCCCACUGACGGAGGAUUCUUUUCCGGCCCUGUUGUGCUUGGUGGUUUGGUGAAUGAAAGAGGCUUGAAGAAGAAGCUGCGGAGAAGCUUCUCUCAUGACAAUGGGUUUGGGCUUGAAGACAGAAGAGAGAAACAAAGCGUGGGGAAGAUUCUCAAGAGGGUGAUUUCUGGGUCCUUUGUUAAACGGGUGGUUUCCAUUGGAGGGUACAAGAAAAAGAAUGAAAAUGGUAUUGAUAAUGUUGGUGGUGACGAUGAUGAGGCUAAGUUGGGUUGUGCUUUGAGUUUACAUGAUGGUGAUAAUAACAACUAUGAUCAUCGUCCUUAUUUUAGUGAUGAUAAUGAAAAUUUCGACAUUGUUGGAAAUUGUUGUAGUGACUUCAAAAAUCUUGACAUUGUGGCCUCGAUUACAGUUGCAGACCCUGAUUUGAUCGGAUGUGAGAAUCUAGAAUGGGCUCAAGGGAGAGCAGGUGAGGAUCGUGUGCAUAUUGUGAUUUCUGAGGAGCAUGGGUGGGUUUUUGUGGGAAUUUAUGACGGGUUCAAUGGUCCUGAUGCUACUGAUUAUCUUCUUGAUAAUCUUUUCUAUGCUGUGCAUGAUGAGCUAAAGGGUAUGCUAUGCGGCGACAGGUCUGAGGAAUUCUUGGGGUUGGAGGAGAAGGUGUUGUUGGGUUUGGUUAAGGGGAGUAAUGAUUCCUCCAAAUUAAGGAAUAGAAUGGUUAAUGGUUGUUGUUCUUCGGCUUUGGAUAAAGAAAACUAUACACCGGUAAAUGAAAUGACCAACUUGGAUUCUUUGAACGGUUCAAAGAAAAUGGGGGGAUUAAAAAGUAGAAAUGGUUGUGAAGAGUUGAUGCAGUUAGAAUUAAGUGUUGAAGGUGCAUCAACAUUUGGCCAUUCAGACGUGUUACUAGCUCUUUCUGAGGCGUUGAGGAAGACGGAGGAUGCGUUUCUGAAGAAAGUUGAUGAAGUGAUAGGCAACAAUCCUGUGUUGACUAUGAUGGGGUCUUGUGUUCUGGUGAUGCUGAUGAAGGGAGAAGAUGUUUACUUGAUGAAUGUGGGAGACAGUCGUGCAAUAUUGGCCAGUCAUAGUGCUAAUUCUUCUCUUCAGCUCACCAUGGAGCAUAGCACACUUGUGAAAGAGGAGGUUCACAGAAUCAGGAAGGAGCACCCAGAUGAUCCUUCUGCAAUUAGUAAAGGCCGAGUGAAAGGUUACUUAAAUGUUACGAGAGCUUUUGGGGCUGGCUUCCUCAAGCAGCCAAAACAGAAUAAUGCAGUAUUAGAAACUUUCAAAGUUAACUACAUAGGGGACUCCCCAUACAUCAUAUGUUCCCCUUCACUCUACCAUCACAGGCUCAGCCCAAGUGACAGAUUCUUGAUAUUGUGUUCUGAUGGACUCCACCAGUACUUCACAAAUGAAGAAGCAGUUGCCAUUGUGGACUCAUUCAUCACUUCCUCUCCAGAUAGAGAUCCUGCACAACUCCUCAUAAAUGAAGCACUAUUUCGAGCAGCCAAAAAAGCUGGUAUUGACUUGCAUGAAUUGCUUGAUAUCCCACAAGGGGAAAGACGUCUUUAUCAUGAUGACAUUUCUAUUGUCAUAAUCUCCUUCAACGGAAAAAUAUGGCGUUCAUCACUUUAA